GACAAAGACCAGGGUUGGACUUGAGGCGUUGGCAGUCGAACUCUGCUGCUGCUGCUGCUCGUAUGGUAAGAAGAGCAGAAGGCGACAGGGAGGAGAGGAGCAGGGGCUGUGUUUUGCCUCGGCGGCUGAGUAGUGAGAUCCCUCAGUGAGCGUUUGUUUAUCGUUGCGUGGAAAGCAAUUGGGGGAAAUUCUGAUUGGCGGGCGGUUCUAGACCCCACUUGAAUGCAACCCAACGAAUGACCAUUGCAGAGGACGAGGAAGAGAAGAUUGGAAUCGUCGUUUCUUCUUCGUUCGGGCAGUGUGGCAAAUAUAAUAGUUGAUACAAAACGUACACACGCGGACGUGGUAGGAAGAAAACCGGUCAAAAAUGGUGCAGUACAAUUUCAAACGGAUCACGGUGGUCCCCACCGCGAAGGAUUUCGUGGACAUCGUGCUGUCGCGCACGCAGCGGCAGACUCCCACGGUCAUCCAUAAGCAGUACGCGAUCAGCAGGAUCCGGCAGUUCUACAUGCGGAAGGUAAAAUUCACGCAGACGAACUACAACGAGAAGCUGACGACGAUUCUCGAAGAUUUCCCGCGGGUGGAGGACGUGCACCCUUUCUACGGAGAUCUGCUGAACGUGCUGUACGACAAGGACCACUACAAGCUGGCCUUGGGGCAGCUGAACACGGCGCGCAACCUAAUCGACAAGCUGGCCAAGGAGUACGUGAGGCUGCUUAAGUAUGGCGAUACGCUGUACCGGUGCAAGCAAUUGAAGAGGGCGGCGCUGGGGCGCAUGUGCACGUUGAUGUUGAAGCAGGGUCCCAGCUUGGCCUACCUGGAGCAGGUGAGACAGCACAUGUCCCGGCUUCCGUCCAUCGACCCCAACACGCGCACCAUCCUCGUCUGCGGAUAUCCGAACGUAGGGAAGAGCAGCUUCAUGAACAAGGUGACGCGGGCGGACGUGGAGGUGCAGCCUUACGCGUUCACGACGAAGUCGCUGUUCGUGGGUCACACGGAUUACAAGUACCUUCGGUGGCAGGUGAUCGACACUCCGGGGAUUCUGGACCAUCCGUUGGAGGAUCGGAACACGAUCGAGAUGCUGAGCAUCACGGCGAUGGCGCAUCUGAGGGCGGCGGUGUUGUUCGUCGUGGAUCUGUCGGGAUCGUGCGGCUACACCAUCGCGCAGCAGGCGGCGCUUUUCGACAGCAUCAAGCCGUUGUUCUCGAACAAGCCGUUGAUCGUGGCGUGCAACAAGGUGGAUUUGGCGCCUCUGGAGUCUCUGGCGGCGGAGGACCGGGCGCUGCUGGAGGAGAUGGGGCGCGAGGCGGCGAAGUGCGGCGCGAUGGCGAUGGGACUGCUGGGCGGCGGCGGCGGCGACGACAGCGCGACGGUCGCACAGCGCGCGCAGGACUCGCUGAUGACCAUGAGCACGUUGACCGAGGAAGGCGUCGUCGCCGUGAAGAACACGGCGUGCGAGCUGCUGCUCCAGGCGCGCGUCGAGACCAAGAUGAAGGGCAAGAAGAUUAGCGACGUGCUCAAUCGCAUCCACGUGGCGAUGCCGCGCGCGAGGGACACCAAGGAGAGACCCCCAUGCAUCCCCGACGCGGUGUUGGAGGCGCGUGCCAACAAGGGCGCCGCCGCGAAGCUCGGCGACGGCAGGAAGACGGAGAAGGACCUUGAGAACGAGAACGGCGGCGCGGGAGUCUACUCCGCUAAUCUGCACAAGCAUUAUCUGCUCGGCGACGAUUCUUGGAAAGAUGACGUCAUCCCGGAAAUUGUCGAUGGGCACAACGUGGCCGACUUCGUCGAUCCCGACAUCAUGCUGCGUCUAGAGGAGUUGGAGAGGGAGGAGGAGGCAAGGGAGGGCGAAGAGGAGGACGAUGACGUCAACAGCAUGAGCGAUGACGUGGAGGACCUCACUCCCGAGGAGCAGCAGGCGCUUGCGGCCAUCCGCAAAAAGAAGGCGGAGAUGGUCCAGGUUCAUCGGCGCAAAAAGUCGCUCGCGGACAACAACCCCGUGCUGCCGCGCAAGUUCGACCGCGAGGGGAAGUUCACCGUCGACCGCAUGCAGAAACACUUGACGGAGAUGGGAAUCGAUCCCUCGGCGGCGGUUGCGCGCGCGCGCAGCAGAUCGGUUUCGCGGCGCGGCAGAAAGAGAGACCGCUCCCAAGCGCCGAUGGAUGUCGACAGCGGCGACGACGGAGAAAACGGCGGCGCCGGCGACGCGAUGGAGGUAGAUGGGGGCCACGCCAAGAAGAGGCGGAAGCUCAGGUCCGUGUCGAGAUCCAGAGGGCCUCUCGAAAUCAAGGCACUCCCAGGGGAUGGCUUCAAGGACACCCCGCAGAAAAUCAAGGCCUUCAAAUUGGAGCGCAAAGCACAGAAGAAGAGAAACAAGGAUGCCAGGAUUGGCGAGGGAGACAGAAGGAUUUUCGACCUCAGGCCUAAGCAUCUGCUUUCAGGAAAGAGAUCGACAGGAAAGACGGACAGACGAUGAUGACCUGCUCAAGAGAAUGGGAUUUGUGCCGCCAUUAGCUUUUUUUCCCUUUUCUUCUUCUUCUUCUUCUUCUUCUUCUUCUUCUUCUUCUUCUUCGUUCCUAGUACUUGUCUUCCUUCUGUGAACCCUAACGCGGCGGGGCAUUUGUUCGACUAUAGCGUUAGGGAUUUGUUGUUGUCGUCGUCAAUCACUCGUCCAUUCACUUCACAGCAUUGGCCAAGGACGGAUGCUGUCUGCGGGUUUCGUUAGAAACGAGUUCGACAUCUUUUUUUUUUUCUUUUUUUUUUUCAAUUCGACAGCGAAUCAGUUAUCUUUCCCUCUUGGUGCGAAAGCUGUACGCGUUCCUUCUUCCUUUCCGACUCGUUUGGCCGACUUCUCCAUCCCCCCCCGCUA